AUGAAUGUUGAUUGUGAAGUUACAACUGUCCCGCAAUUGGAGACCUCUCUUUUUUCUGAAUCUGACGAAAGUGACUGCACUACCUCGGAACGCUUUUCAUCUGAAUCAAAAAACAUCUCUAAUUGGGAUAAUUAUUUAUCAUUGGUCAAUUGUAAGAAUUUAGAAAAAGACCAGUUGUAUGGUGUACUUACCAUUAGAAAUUGGAUUAUUUCAGCAGACGAUGGUUUUCUUACGAAAAAUUUUCCCGAGUUACGCAAACGUGUUAUUCAAAAAAUUCUCGAAAUCAUCUAUUCUCCUGAAGAGGGUGAUGUAUCAGUCCCAGUAUCUACGAAAUUGCAUGAAUCCUUGAUAUGGUUGUAUUUCAAAACACCGAAACUAUGGAUACAUCCAUUAAAGUGGAUGGUGUAUGCAUUUGUAUACGGUGGUUUUCAUUUUGAUAUUACCGAUAAGUCAAUAACAGAAGAAAGAAUACUAGACGGCAUAGAUAAAUCUACAUAUUCAAAAGGGAUCAUAGAAAAUACAUUACGUCUUUUGUCAAUUAUCAGUGAAGAAUUUACAUCAACCAGGUUACCGCAUAGUGUUAAAUGCAUCAUUACACAAGACAUUCAAUCGGAUGAAGAUUUAGUUCAAAAAAUACUCAUGCAAUUUCUAGGCAGAGCAAAACAUGAAGAAGUUUGUGCAUUCGCUAUGCAUACAUGUGGAUUAUGGAUAUCUAGUUUUGUGACGAGUAGUUCAUCAGCUAUCGGUUAUGUACAUCUUAUACAUGCUGUCUACACUUCAAUGCAAUAUUCAGCUUGUCUAUAUUCAGCUGGAAUUAAUUGUCUCAUCAAUAUAUUCGAAUCAGAUGGUGGUGGACUUAAUUCGGAUUGGGAAUCGGUUGCUCUGCUUGAUUUUCAUAUAUGUCAACUGGUGAAAUUUAAGUCCACUCUACAAGAGCUUGUAGAAUUAUAUUCAGUGAAUUUACAAAAAUGUGGAAGGCGGAAUGAGUUAAAAAGUUAUGACCCGUUAGCUAAAACUUUAUUACUAUUUUCAAUAUUAACAGAAAAACAGAUGGAUUAUCUAAUGCAUAGACUUACUCAAUACAUUACUCAUGCACAAAAUGCUACUGGAGCUAUACAUGAAUUUUUCAAUAUGCUAUUGUUAAUGUUUUCAUUGCCUGGCUCAUAUCCAUAUGAUGAAGAUGUCAGUGAUAUAGCCUUACGCAUAUGGUUAAAUGCACAAGAAGUAUCUAUCUCAUCGUCCCCGAUGAUAACAUCGACGACGGGAACAAAUAAUGCCUGCUGUUCAUCAUCUACUACUACAUGGACUACUAUUAUCUCGCCGGUUAAUCCUAAUGCUAGUCAUAUCAGGGAAGAUAUAAUCAAAUUGAUUCAUAAAGAGUUUAAUCAACUUGCAUUUAACAAAUCUCACUAUCCAAAAGACAUUAAUCGCUACCUGAAUGUAUGGAAGUCGGAGGACAGGUGUCGGUGGUUGAAAUUUCGACAAGACCUAGGCGAAUGUUUUCUUGCUGCAUUUAGAUACUUGAAUAUAACUGAUUGGUAUAUGCAUGCUAGCUAUCAAUUCUCUUGGAUUGUAAAUAAUUGUACGAAUGCAGAAUUAUUAGUUAAUUGGCAGGAGAUUGAAGCUCUACUCUUUGUGAUGUUAUCUAUCAGUGAACAUGUCCUGUAUGAAAAUGCCUCGGGUGUAAUGGUGUUAAAAGAAUUCGCCAAGUCUGUAUCGAUUUCUUUAAUGAAAUUUAUGAAUAAAAUUAAACAGUUAAUUGCUUAUUAUUAUGCAAUAAAUGAUACAAUCGGGGAGAAUACAACAUUUCAAUGGGGAAAUCAAAAAUUUCUUUCUCCUGAAAUCUAUGUUAUUCAUUCACAAUGUUUAAUUUUAUUUAAAACAUUAUUAUUAUGCAUUGAAAAGUAUUAUACAGUGAUAUGCAGUGAGUUGAGAUCUUCCGGGCAAAAUGAAUUGGAAUGCCUCCAUAUUAUAGUGAAUAUAUUGUUAUCUACUAUUGGAGUAGAGGCGUAUAAAGAUGAAGUGGUCAGUCUACGGCAUAGUGCACUUCAAAUUCUACAAACUAGCCUAGAGCAUAAACCUUUCUCUUUACAAUCAUCCAUAAGUUUAAUUGCAUCAACAUUAGAACACUUCUAUAGUCGAUCACGUCCACUGGAUCCAACAAGUUGUGAUUUAUUGUUUUAUUGUUCUGGAAUGUUAUUACGAUUAUCUGAAAAUGAAUCGUCUACACUAUUGUCAUUACGAAAUAUUAUAUCAGAGAAUUUACAAACUUUUGUAGAAUUAUGCACUGCAGGACAGAAUUUUACUAAAUUACCUCAAGUUUGUGUAUCAACAAGCCCGAAAUCAACUCAUAUAGAAAAUUCCACUUUCGAUAAAUUUGAUCGUAUUGCAACUGUGAUGCAAAUCUUCACUCAAAUGUUUCGUGGUUAUACUGCUGUUGAAAAUGAGACAACAACACAUAGACCAGUUGGUGAAGAGAUGUUGUCGAUUUUAAACAAAAUGUAUUUUUAUUUAAAACGCUCUUUGGAAGUGGCGUGUCCUCAUAUUCCUAAGCAUUUCAGACAGUACCAUAAACUACUACGUAUCACUUUGCGUAUAUUCACACAAGUCUAUGAAUCCGGUGAUAAUGAAGGAAUUAAAACUGUGACUAGUGAUCUGGUUCGAUGCAUUUUAUUGACAUUUAAUUACCUAUUAAAUAAUUAUAAUGAUGAUAUAUUCAGCGAUGCAGUGUUAAAAGCAAUUCAAUGCUUUAUUGAAUGGUUAUUCAAUAAUUAUCGUGAGAAUGUCAUUGGUCAAGGUGCAGUAUUUCUCUACUAUGCUUACACUUUACUAUCACUUGUCUAUGAAAGGCUUGACCAAUUUCUGUGUAAACAAGCUAAACAGAUGGAUAAUAAGGAUGUUUUGAUAUUCAAUGUUUCAAUCGGGUAUACACUGGCCGAUUGUAUUCAUCAUCCGAUAUCACCUGUAAUUAUGGGAUUCACUGCUCAGCUGAUAACUAGUGAAAUUGAAGCUGUCAGCCGAUUUCUACGUAGUAUCGUCAAUUUUGAUUUUCUUAAGGAAACUGCUGCACUACACCAUAAAGAUAUCUUUGACGUGAUUCGACGAAAUUUAGAUAUAGAAAAGGCCACGAAAUUCUUGGAUAUAACAAUGACGCUAGCAUUCAGUGGAAUCAGUGUUCCGGAAUGGACAACAGUAGAAUCGUGUCUACGACUAAUAUGUGAUUUGUUGGCUUUGUUGAACAAGAAAAAGCAUGCUAAUGAAGCGUAUAUUUCACAUCGUUAUACUAUAAGUGAUAAAUUCUUAUUUGAAAUUAACGUGUGCUUACUGCUUGUAUUGGCUAAAGGUGGUGGUCUCCCAGAGCGAUUAACAACAAAAUAUGCUGAAUUGUAUACCUCUCUGGCGAAAUUGUCACCAGACAAACAAUUUGCUCUGCUGAAUCACAUUCUGGUGGGAGACAGUACUACUAGUACAACAACAACAACAACUUUUAACUGUGAGGGGCAAAUUCCGCAUUGUAGUAGACUUAUUGAAAUUGUUAGACAAUCUAUACCCCAGAGUAUAAAUAUCGCAGAGAGGAAAAGCUUCAUCACUACUGUGUCAAGACCAUCGAUGUCUAUGCAGAGAAUUCGACAGAGUAUAUCAACUUUUGUGCAUUUAUUAUCUCAGAGAAAAUAA